UCUCAGGCAUUACUGGCAUCAUUGCUCAUGGCUUGCUUCACAAUGCUUCUGCUUCAGCUGUUGAUAAGUCUCUUGCUGAUCAGCCUUUCUCAUGGUGACCAAUGUCCUCUUCACCUCGACCCACGGAGAGCUGUUGUGAGAUACGGCGGUUCUGUUGCAGUUACCUGUAACACUUCAGACGCCCAUAAAGGGAUGGGAUGGGAAGCCAGUGAGGGAGGAGUGCCUAUGACCAAAAAACAGAAUCUGAUCACAUGGAGAGUGAUAAACCUGACAGAAUGGGACAUAAAUCCAUACUGCUACAUAAACCUAAACUAUAAAAUAGGUGAUAAUAGUCAGUGUGAAGUAAAGCUCCCAGUCACAGUUUACAAGACUCCAGACAGUGUGUCCAUCAGCACUGUGAAUCACACAGAACCAAUGAAAGAGGGACAGCAGUAUGAGCUCCAGUGUGACGUUCAUGAUGUGGCUCCUGUUCAGUAUCUCACUGUCAAAUGGUACAAAAAUCAGACUCUGCUGAAUCAAACCACCUUCAGUGACACUGACAAGACCCCAGUGAAUAAAACUGUCACACUCCUGAUCCGUCCAGACAGAGCUGAUGAUGGAGCUCAAUACUGGUGUGAAGCAGAGCUGGAUCUGGGAGCAGAAGGACCUCAACCUCAUCCUAAAAAUUCAUCAAAACCUCUCAGCAUUACUGUAUAUUUUGCUCCAAUAAUUCAGUUUUGUAGAGACUGGUCACCAUUUACAGAGACCUCAUUGGAUUCAUAUCCUUUAAAUGUAUAUUCUGUUGAGGGUAACCCUCGUCCAAACAUCUCCUGGAGACACAAAUCAUCACCUUUCAAUUCCUCUAUACCUCUUACCAGAUUUGAUUCUGGCCUAUAUGAAAUCAUUGCCAGGAAUGACCUGAAUAAUGUCAGUUGUUUCAUCAACAUAAUAGUCGAGUAUCCUCCAGAACUGAACUGCAACAAGAGCUAUGAAGUAAAAGAAAAAACACUCUUCAAACUUCCUUGCAAAGCUGAUGGAUUACCAAAGCCUGAAUAUUUCCUCUACAAAAAUGGGAAAAUUAUCCAGCAUGACUUUUAUCCCAAUUGGAAUGAUAGUGGCUUGUAUCAAUUAACUGCACAUAACCAACACGGAACUAGUAAUUCUACAUUCACCAUCAACAUCCUACAUGCUCCAAUAAUUCAGUUUUGUAGAGACUGGUCACCAUUGACAGAGACCUCAUUGGAUUCAUAUCCUUUAAAUUUAUAUUCUGUUGAGGGUAACCCUCGUCCAGACAUCUCCUGGAGACACAAAUCAUCACCUUUCAAUUCCUCUAUACCUCUUACCAGAUUUGAUUCUGGCCUAUAUGAAAUCAUUGCCAGGAAUGACCUGAAUAAUGUCAGCUGUUUCAUGAACAUAAUGGUCGAGUGUAAGUAA